GAAUUCUUGUAUUGAUUGCCAUCAUGGAAGGGACGGAAGCUGCUGGCGGCGUCGAGGUGGUGACGGAGGCCACAGUGUCAGUGGACCCACAGGACUUGGCAGUGUGCAUCCGAGUCCUGGAAGCGUUCCACGGUAACAUGGAAGCCCUGAAAGCAGCGCCAUUCAAGGCGCUUCGACGGGCCAUGGUGCCGCUCUGCGAAGAUGUUCGCACCCGCCUCUUCCACGGCAAGGAUGUCGCAACGUACGACGACACAAAGAAGAAGAAGCAAGACCGGAAGCGAAAGGCGGCACAGGCGGCCGCCCUGGACAAACACUUCAUCAACAACACCAAGCUGCGGUCCCAGCGGCUGCAAGCACUGGACUCGCUGACCGCGGCGGCACCGAUGCUGGCCCUCGUUGCCGACGGCGCCGUGGUCGACGACGCCCCUGACGUAUCGAUGGAUGGUCAGACGGAUAACCAACCGCCGCCAACCUUGCACGGCUUCCGCUCCUGCUACGCGUGCAAGAAACGCUUUGACACGCUGCACCACUUCUACGACCAGUUGUGCCCCGACUGUGCCACGCUCAACUUCCAAAAGCGACUGCAAACGGCAGACUUGACGGGGUACAUUGCGUUGGUCACUGGCGCUCGCGUCAAAAUCGGGUACCACACCGCCCUCAAGCUGCUCCGUGCCGGUGCCACCGUCAUCGCCACCAGUCGAUUUCCCCAAGAUGCUGCCAUUCGAUAUGCCAAUGAAAGCGACUAUUCCACGUGGAAGACUCGACUUCACGUGUACGGACUGGACUUGCGCGAUUUGGCCGGCGCCGAAGUGUUUAUGGACUGCAUCGAGCGCACGUUUCACAGCUUGGACAUCCUCGUCAACAACGCCACGCAAACCAUCCGUCGACCCACGCAUUACUACCAACAUCUGUUGCCCAACGAACGCCGGGCGCCAGCCGACACGCCCGAAAACAUUCGCGAAGUCUUGAGCGGCAACCACUCGUUUCAGCGCGCGCUGGCUACGCCACACCAGCCAUUGACGCUCACACACGCGGCGUCCACGGACCCCAUCACGGCACCGACAAACUCUGCCAACGACGCCGCAUUGUCGGCGACCACGUCGACACCAACGGCCAAAUCGGCAGAGUUGUCACAGCUUCCCUUGACCAAGGACGACAAGGACCUGACGGCGGACGAACGCGCCGCCUUGUACCCCGUGGCGCAGUACGAUGCCAACAACCAGCAAGUGGAUCUGCGCAAAACCAACUCGUGGAAGCUCAAAAUUGACCACGUCGAGUCGCCAGAGCUGGCCGAAGUGUUUGCGAUCAAUGCGCUGGCCCCGUUUAUCUUGAACAAGCGCGCGAUUUUGCUGUUUGAAAAGAGCGCCCGCCCCCAUCAUUUUAUCGUGAACGUGAGCGCGAUGGAGGGCAAGUUUUACCGGUACAAGACGCCCCAUCACCCCCACACCAACAUGGCCAAAGCCGCCGCCAACAUGAUGACCCGAACAUGCUCGGAAGAGCUCAAGACGCGUCAUAUUUACAUGAACUCGGUCGACACGGGCUGGAUCAACGACGAAAACCCACGCGACAAGGCCCAGGAGAUCGCCGCCAAGCACAAUUUUCAGACGCCGUUGGAUGAAAUCGACGCGGCGGCGCGCAUCUUGGACCCGAUUUUUGGUGGCUUCCAAGACAUAUCCAAACCGCUAACGUUUCCCUCGGGCGAGUUCUUCAAAGACUACCAACGCUCCGAGUGGUAAAAGUAGUUCUAGACGAAAGCUUAGACAGGUACUGUACACAGAGAUUGUCAGGUCGGGUCGAUUUUGGAGUGGGGUGCUCAGAGCCGAAUGACCGACCAAUCAAAAGCCAGAUCACUUUCAAGUGACCAAUCAAAAACUCCUGCUUCGAUCGAAUUAGUGUGUGCAUUCAAAUAGUGUGAAGGCUUCACAAUUUUUACAUACAACAUUCAACAAUAUCCAAA